AUGUGUCAAGCCCGCAGGCCCCUAGACUGUACAGGUCACCAUGACACUCCUGGUGGGCCCCUUGACUGUACAGUUCACCUUGAAACUCCUGGUGGGCCCCUAGACUGUAAAGGUCACCAUGACACUCCUGGUGGGCCCCUAGACUGUACAGUUCACCAUGACACUCCUGAUGGGCCCCUAGACGGUAAAGGUCACCAUGACACUCCUGGUGGGCCCCUAGACUGUACAGUUCACCAUGACACUCCUGGUGGGCCCCUUGACUGUACAGUUCACCUUGAAACUCCUGGUGGGCCCCUAGACUGUAAAGGUCACCAUGACACUCCUGGUGGGCCCCUAGACUGUACAGUUCACCAUGACACUCCUGAUGGGCCCAUAGACUGUAAAGGUCACCAUGACAUUCCUGGUGGGCCCCUAGACUGUACAGUUCACCAUGACACUCCUGAUGGGCCCAUAGACUGUACAGGUCACCAUGACACUCCUGGUGGGCCCCUAGACUGUACAGUUCACGAUGACACUCCUGGUGGGCCCCUAGACUGUACAGGUCACCAUGACACUCCUGGUGGGCCCCUAGACUGUAUAGUUCACCAUGAAACUCCUAGAGGGCCCCCUAGACUGUACAGGUCACCAUGA